AUGACUGGUUCCCAAGGAGACAGUUCUAGUCUGGGCCGGCCUGGAGUUGCCAAUGCUGCCAAAGUGCCUAUUCUAACUGGAUUUUUCAGUCAUUUCAAUGGACACGAUCUGAAGAUUUUCUUUCGGUGCUUUAUCGGCGCCUGGGCGGGUUCGCUCUUGAUGUUCAUAAAUCCCUCCCUACACGAACUCGGGACAGCGACCUUUUUUGCCUGUCUUGUGCAACUGAUCAUUCCUCCAAAUGGAAUAGUCUUCAUUCAUAUCCUCGGAGUCCUAUCCAUACUGUUUGGAGUGUUCCUGGCAUACGCGUGGGGUGUCAUAGCAAUGAAGGCUGCUCUAGCAGCAAGGCCUGCAGCAGACACGGCCGCGCGGUUGCAAUUACUUCAACAGGCAGCGGCAGUUCAGGUAAACCAAACAGGAAUCACGCCGGCCGACGCCGCUCAGCGGUUAAUCUACGAUGGAUUCAUGUUGGAUGCGCGUGUCACCGUCAUCAUGUACUGCUUCGCCUGUGUUUUUAUCUACUUCCUGGCCCGUCUGCGCGCGUCCAACCCCAAAACGGUCUUUGCCCACUUGUUCGGAUCGAUCAUUAUCGAUAUUUUCCUCGUUUAUACGCCUCUAAUUCCCUCAUUCGAUGGAUCCUUACCCCUUCCCAUUGUGAAACCCACCCUGGUCGGCGUGGGAUUGAGCUUGGUGAGCUCAAUCAUCUUCUUCCCACGCUCAACGUCGCACACCGUCCUCGACAGCAUGAGGGACAUGGUUCGGCUUGUCAAGGUCCCGUUAGAAGUAACUGAGGAAUCCUUGGCGAAAGAUACGGAGCGGGUAGAUCGAGCCUCACUGCACCAGACACGCGCGGGAAUCAUUGCACUGGUGCGACAAGUCGAGCCCGCUAUAGGAUUCCUGCCGAUCGAUUUCUCAUUGGGCUACUGUGAUCCUCGUGAUGUCAAAAGCCUCGUGGUUCCAAUGCAGAAGCUCGUGGCGUCGGCUAUCAUGCUGCUGGAUUUCAACAUCAAUCAAGUGCACCGAGAGACGCGUACAGAGCAACUGAUCAAGUUCCAACAGCAACUGAUGGAAAAGGACGACUCGAACCCGGAGAUGACUGGAACUUCCAAUGGCCCUCCUCAUCGCGUUGGACACCAUCAACUGGUGCAAUUAGUGAAGAUUCUGGAUGGGUUUCCUCACCCGAACCCGGACGGCUACCCAGAUGAUCAUGCCCUGGCCAGGGAGUUCUCUGCAUCAAGCACGGCCGCAAUCAACUCCUGUCUCGAGACGCAGGAUCACAUUGCUGAGUGCAUGCACAAGCUUAACCACGGUGGCUGGCUUUCACGAAUCGAUGAAGCGGAGCGUCAGGAGCUGAUAAAACGAACCGAAGCGUCCUUGGAUACAUUGCGCGCGUCUCGAACCGUUUUCAUCGAUCAAACAACCGAGUUGCUCCUGCGCGAGUAUCAGCCUGUCUUUGAGAGCCAUGACGCACAGGCCUCCCAGCUGCCUGCCAUGCAUGACCUUCAUGGGCUUGUACUCGGGAUGGCACUACAGGAACAGCUCUCAACUGUCUUUAAAGACACCGAAGCCCUGCUCAGUCAAGUGGGCUUAAUCCUCCAGAAAUCGACUCAUAUUCGCCUGUGGCUUCCGUCGAGUCUGCGGUAUGCACUCGCAUGGAUAGCUGGGAAGAAGGGCGAUGCCCCUGCCACGGCCCAGAUCAAUGAUACUGACCCCGAUAAACCGGAAGAGUCGACGAAGGCUGUUUCUGUGGGCCUACAUGUCAGCACAAAGUCCCAGACGCCGAGACGCAGCGGACUUGCACACGCUGUUCUUAAUAUCUACCACUGGCUCACCGGGAGCGACGGCUUAUUUGCCUUGAGAAUGGUCGUUGUCUCCAUUGCCCUCUCUAUCCCCGCCGUCAUCCCCCGAACGGCCGGGUUCUACUACCGCGAAAAAGGCCUGUGGGCUUUGAUCAUGGGCCAGACCGGAUUACUAGUAUACAUGGCCGACUUCACCUUUUCCGUCAUCUCCCGCCUCUUGGGAACCCUCAUUGGUGGUAUCCUCGCUUUGCUCGCCUGGUAUGUAGGGUCCGCAAAUGGCCCGGGCAAUCCAUACGGUUUAGGCGCGGUAAUGGCAGUCAUGGUUGCGAUCCUUAUGUGGGUUCGGAUCUGGUGUCCUUUCCAUCUCCUCCAGGCGAGCAUCAUGGCUGCUGCCACCUUUCUGUUGAUUAUCGGGUUCAGCUACGAUGACCAACAUCUACCGCAAUACGGCAGCGCGGGCCUAGGCUACGUCGUGUUUUGGAAGCGACUGGUCCUCGUCCUGGUUGGAGUCGCCGCCGCACUCGUCGUUCAGAUGUUUCCCUCGCCCCCCUCAGCCGCACGACACGUGUCCAGGACCUUGUCGACCUCUCUCCGGACAAUCUCCGACCAUUAUGCAGUUUUGCUGUCGUGUUGGAACAACCCAGAGACCAAUACCCAAGCCCUUACAGAGCCAUUGACACUCGGACUCGCCUAUUCUCUACUCGAUCUGGAAGGCCUAAUCAAGCAGCUAGCUUUUGAAUUCUCCAGCUCCCCCUUCACCAGCUCAAACACAGAUCAAAUUAAAGACCUCUGCCUCACCCUAAACCGCGAGGUGGGCAGGCUCCUCUCGCUGUCGUCGUCACUCCCGCUCGAAUACCGCAUCCGCCUCACGCAGCAAUGUGGGAUGUUCGACCACCGCCACAUCGGUGAGGUAAUGGCCGUGCUCGCAGUCUGCGAACAGGCACUGAAGACUGGAGACCCGCUGCCGGAGAUUCUGCCGACACCGGUGGUUAGGAGGGCGUUUGAGUACCGGGGCGCUGCAAAUGGGCCUGUGUUGGAGUUUACAGCUGCGGCGGUGCGGGACGAGAAUUAUCGCCGAUUCUGCGUGGCUUUGAGCGCGUAUUUCAAGUUUCUGUGGACAGUUGAUGAGUUGGUUAUUGUGGUCAAGGGUGCUGUGGGGGAAUCGCAUCUUGUCUCGAAGGAGGUGAUGGGCGUUGUUUAG